GUGAAGAUUGCUGUCGAGCUUUUGUUUAAGAAGGCAAAUAACACACAUCCAGUCACUGUCUGAUCAUUAACAUUUUCCUCAGGUGUGACUUACUCUCCAAUUUCUUGUAACUUAGUUAUUCCUUGAGAUGUUUCAGCUUUUAUUCAAUGUUUUUCUGAAUUAUUUAUGUGUUGGUAACCUGUUUGUCAUAUUGUACAAAGUCUGAAUCAAUAUUUGUUAGUUCUUCCUUCCUUGAAUUGGUUCAGCUUUCAUUCAUUGAUUGUUCGUUUGUUUUGUUCAUGUUCAUGGUUGAUAUUGUACAGAUCAUGCUCUCUUUUUCUAGAUUUUUAAUAUAUCCAAUUUUGUUUUUCCUAAAGCUUCUUCUGAUGAGUUGAUUGCAUAUGACAGUUGAGAUUUCUUUCUGCAAAGAUAGGUUGGUGUCAUGCAUACACUUCUUGAGAGUUUUUCUGUUCCCAUGGAAUCAUUCAUAUUUGAUCAGGGCUCAGUUUCAAACUAUUCUUAUCCAGAUCAUGGUAAUGGGUUUGAAGUAAAUCAUGAACUCGUCAACCCAGUUUUCCAUCCAACCAACUUGGACCUCCCUAGUGAUUCUAGUACAUCUUUUAACCCGGCUUCAGACGGAUAUUCUGGUGACAGUAAUGACUACAAUAAUCCUGUUCUUAAGUACAUAAGUGAUAUUCUUCUUGAAGAAGACAUUGAGGAUAAGCCCUGUAUGUUGCAGGACUGUUUGGCCCUCCAAGCUGCAGAGAAAUCAUUCUAUGAUGUCCUUAAUCAAAAGGAUUCUACAACACUCCAUCAAAGCUUUGAGUACUCGGAUGAUUACAGGAAUAGUUGUUUUAGCAAUGGUGGCGCUAUUCUUGGCAAGACAUACGGGGUUGCUGAUCCUUCAGAAACAUGUCAUGUGCAAUCUUCUCUUGUUCAAUGUCUGUCGGAUACCUCUUUGGUUACUGAUACACUUUCAAAGCUGCAUAGUCUUGGGGAUUCUGGAAGGGUGGAGGAAGCAAAUAAGUUGGUUGAAAAUUUUAAAAUCAUUGAUGCAGAGAAGUACCAAUUAAUGCCUCGAGGUUCUCAGACACUUGUAGGAUCAAAUUCAGCGUCUCAGCAACAGAAUGAUGGGUACAACUCAGCAUAUAGAUCAGAGGCAAAGAAAAAUCGUCAAAGGCAGGAUAGUCAUUGUCCAGAAGAAUGGAGAAGCAACAAGCAGUCAGUUGCAUAUUGUGCUGAUGAUUCUGAGCCACAGGACAUGUUUGAUAAGGCGUUGCUCUUUCAAGGUGUGAAUCAUGAGUCCGCUGAGUCUAUUUCUCAUCAUGAUUGUUCUAAUGUGGGAAGCAGGCAGCCCAAAGGAUCUAAGUCAGCGCGUUCAAAGAGACAAAAUAAAAAGGAGAAAGUAGUAGAUUUGUGCACAAUGUUAACUCAGUGCGCCCAAGCUGUUGCAAGUUAUGACCAACGAAAUGCUGUUGAACUACUGAAGCAGAUCAGGCAGCACUCUUCUCCCUAUGGUGAUGCAACCCAGAGAUUAGCUCAUUACUUUGCUGAUGGCCUUGAGGUACGCUUAGCUGGCGCUAGAACCCCGUCAUAUUCGCCUAUUGCAAGUAUGCAGAUAUCAACUGUUGAAAUACUGAAAAGCUACCAGAUGUAUGUCACUUCAACCCCUCUCAAGACUGUGCCAAUUUUUUUUGCCAAUAUGACAAUUAUGAAACUAGCAAGAAAAGCGACAAGUCUUCACAUUAUUGAUUUUGGUACUUCUUAUGGUUUCCAAUGGCCCUCUCUAAUCCAAUGUCUUUCAGAGAGAUAUGGUGGACCUCCUAAUCUCCGUAUCACUACGAUUGAGCUUCCCCAACCAGGUUUUAGACCCACGGAGAGGAUUGAAGAGACCGGUCGUCGCUUAGCAAAGUAUUGUGAUAGAUUUAGUGUCCCAUUUGAGUUCCAUGUCAUUGCUCAGAAAUGGGAAACUGUAGGAUUUGAUGAUCUUAAAAUUGACAGAAAUGAGCUGAUUGUGGUCAACUGUCUACACCGGUUGAAGCACGUUCCUGAUGUGACAAUGAUGGGGAAGAGUCCAAGAGAUGCUGUCCUAAAGUUGAUCAGGAAAAUCAAUCCAGAAAUUUUCAUUCAUGGGGUUGUCAAUGGGGCAUAUAAUUCACCCUUCUUUCUCACACGUUUCAAACAGGCACUCUCUCACUUUGAGGCAAUCUUUGAUGUCUUUGAGGCCACCAUUCCUUGUGAGGAUCAACAACGAAUGUUUUUUGAAAGAGCAGGAUAUGGUAGAGACAUAAUGAAUGUAGUGGCAUGUGAGGGACUGGAAAUAGUUGAAAGGCCUGAGACAUAUCAGAAGUGGCAGGUCAGGAAUGUGAGGGCUGGGCUGAAGCAGCUCCCAUUAGACCAGGAGCUGUUGAAGAAGGUGAAGACUAUGUCAAAGUCGAUGGAUUAUCACAGUGAUUUUAGGAUUGAUGAAGAUGAGCAAUGGAUGCUGCAGGGUUGGAAAGGAAGAGUCCUCAUGGCCCUUUCCUUGUGGAAACGCGAAAUAGAUCUUGAUAGAUUAGUUGUUCCUAUGGAUACCCUUCAUAGAUAUUCUGUUCCAGAGUUCAAAUAUGACCAUGGCCCUGUUUCUGUCUGUCCAAAUCCAAUUGUAAAUGGGUUCAAAGUAAAUCAUGAAUCCACCAAUCCGGUGUUACCUGCAUCCAGAUCUGAGCUGUCUAGUGAUUCAAGUAAUGAGGGCUCAGAGGUAGAUGGUCUUGAUAUCAAUGACUGCAAUCAUCCUGUACUCAAGUACAUAAGUGAUAUUCUUCUAGAAGAAGACUUGGAGGGUAAGCCCUGCAUGUUGCAUGACUGUUUAGCCCUCCAAACUGCUGAGAAGUCUUUCUAUGAUGCCCUUGUUCAGAAGGACCCUCCUUUACCCAACCAACCCUCCUCUAGUUCUGUGCACCAAAGCUCUGAGAGUUCUGAUGAUGAUUCCCCACAGAGUUUCCAAAGCAGUAAUCGCUCCUUUCCUGUCAAGACAGAUUGGGUUUGGGAUCCGGCGUUCUCUCCUGUCCAAUCUUCUCUGUUUGAGUCUUUCUCCAAUACUCUUUUGGUUUCUGAUUCAAUUUCUAAGAUGCAAAGUCUUGGAAAUUUUGGAGGGGUGGGGGAAGCAAGCAAGUUCCUUUCAAAUGCGAAACUUGAAAUGGUUGACUUAGAUAGGUUUCAAUUGAUGCCUCAAGGUCCAGUCUCAUCUGAGUCAGGGGCGGAUGGAUACAGCUUUACAAAUGGAUCAAAGGGAAAGAAGACUCAUCAGAGGGAGGAUAGUCAUUUUCUAGAAGAAGAAGAGAGGAGCAGCAAGCAGUCAGCUGCUACAGGGGAUGACUUUGAGCCACAAGAAUUGUUUGACAAGGUUUUACUUUGUCCUCAUGAAAAUCAUGAGUCUGAGCUUUGUGCAGAUGAUGAGUCUUUUAAAACAGAAGGAAAUGGGAAGUUGCAGCGUAAAAAGCAGCCAAAAGGAUCAAAGGCAAAGCGACAGAAUAACAUUGGUGAAGUGGUAGAUUUGUGCACAAUGCUAACUCAAUGUGCACAAGCUGUGGCAAACUUUGACCAACGAACUGCAAGUGAACUACUCAAGCAGAUAAGGCAGCACUCAACCCCCCAUGGUGAUGCAACCCAGAGAUUAGCUCAUUACUUUGCUGAUGGCCUCCAGACACGCUUGGCUGGUGCCAAAACCCCAUCGUAUUCGCCUCUUGUAAGUGUGCAGAUAUCAGCUGCUGAAAUAUUGAAAAAGAUGUCACACUUCUUUGCCAACAGAACAAUUAUGAAACUAGCAGAAAAUGCAACAAGGCUUCACAUUAUUGAUUUUGGUAUUUCUUAUGGAUUUCAAUGGCCUUGCCUGAUUCAACGUCUGUCCCAAAGACCUGGUGGACCUCCUAAGCUUCGUAUCACAGCAAUUGAGCUGCCCCAACCAGGUUUUCGACCUACAGAAAGAGUUGAAGAGACCGGACGUCGCUUGGAAAAAUAUGCCAAGAGAUUUGAUGUCCCCUUUGAGUAUAAUGUCAUUGCUCAGAAAUGGGAAACUAUCCGAAUUGAGGACAUCAAAAUUGACAGAAGUGAGUUGAUUGUGGUCAAUUGUAUGCACCGUUUAAGGAACAUACCAGAUGAGACGGUGAUGGUGAACAGUCCAAGAGAUGCUGUCCUUAAGUUGAUAAGGAAAAUUAGUCCAGACCUUUUCAUUCAUGGUGUUGUCAAUGGGACAUAUAAUGCUCCCUUCUUUCUCACACGAUUCAGAGAGGCACUUCUCCACUACUAUACACUGUUUGAUAUGCUGGAGGCGACCAUCUCUCGUGAAGAUGGACAACAGCGGUUUAUGUUUGAGCAAGCAAUAUAUGGUAGAGAUGUAGUUAAUGUCGUAGCGUGUGAGGGACUGGAAAGAGUUGAUAGGCCUGAAACAUACAGACAAUGGCAGGCCAGGAAUGUGAGGGCUGGGUUCAAGCAGCUACCAUUAGACCAGAAGCUGUUGAAGAAAGUGAAGACUAUGUCAAAAGUCAUGUGUUAUCAUGAUGAUUUUAGAGUUGAUGAAGAUGGACAUUGGAUGCUGCAGGGAUGGAAAGGAAGAACCAUCAUGGCUCUUUCUUUUUGGAAGCCUACUGCCGAAGCUAGGCCUUAUAAUCCAAACGAGAGCAAGCUAGAUCCUAAAACAGUGUCUGCAUCUUUUAUUGGCUACUGUGAGCAUUCCAAAGGCUACAAGUUCUACUGUCCCACACACUCCCACAGAAUCAUGGAGACAAAUAAGGCAGUGUUCCUAAAUGAAACCAAUUAUUCUCAUUCUUUUGAGGAUUUUAUUUUUGAGGAGCUUACUGAAAAUGUUUCUAAUGCCGUCACUUCACCACAACCUCAACCUGUAAUUUUAGAAACCACACCAGUUGUUUUCAGUGGGAUUGAUGCACCUGCACCUAUCCAUGAUCCUCCCGCACAUGAGAUUGAUGCACCUACCACUAUCCCAAAUCCUCCACCACCACCAGUAAUUAGAAGAUCACAGAGAGAAAGAAGAUCAAGACUUGAAGCAAUGGCUACUGAUUUUCAGGUGUAUGAUGUUGAGGUAGAUUAUGAUGCUGGUGAGAUUGAAGACUCCAAAACCUUCAAAGAAGCCAUUGCUGGAGAUCAUUCACAUGAAGCUAUCAUGGCUAUGGUUGCUCAUUAUGACAUGGAGCUGCACCAAAUGGAUGUAAAGACAGCUUUUCUGAAUGGAGAGUUGAGUGAAGAGAUCUUUAUGAAGCAGCCCGAGGGAUUUAUUGAACCUGGGAAGGAGCAUCUAGUUUGUAAGCUUAACAGGUCCAUAUAUGGAUUGAAACAAGCUUCAAGACAGUGGUAUUUGAAGUUUGAUUCAGUCAUCAGUGGUUUUGGAUUCAAGGAGAAUCAAGUUGAUGAGUGUGUUUACAUGAAAUCAGAAGUCUCUUCUAAUCAAAGUCUUGCAAAUGGAUUCCAAGUAAACCAUGUAUCCACAAAUCCACUUUUCCUCCCUACCAACUUUAACCAUCCUAAUCAUCCGAGUACCUCUUUGAGCCUGGGUUCAGGAGAAGAUACUUGUGACAAUAAUGACUGCAAUAGUCCUAUGCUCAAGUACAUAAGUGAUAUUCUUCUUGAAGAAGACCUAGAGGGUAAACCUUGCAUGUUGCAAAACUGUUUGGCACUCCAAGCUGCUGAAAAAUCUUUCUAUGAUCUCCUCAAUCCAAAGUAUCGCCCUUCAUUCAACCAAUCUCCCCUUUCUAUGUACCAAAGCUUUGAGAACUCAGAUGAAGACUCCACACAGAGUUGUCAUAGUAGUAUUGGGUCUAUUACUCCUGUGAUUCCUAAGAAAAAUCCAUUUCAUGUCCAAUCUUCCUUUGCCGAGUCUACAUCAGAUACCGUUUUGGUUUCACGUUCGCUUUCUCAGAUGAAAAGCCUUGGGAUUCUAGGAGUGAGGGAAGCAAUCAGAAAGGUGGUUUAUGAGCCAGAGAAUGACAGCUAUAGCUCAACAAAUGGAUCAAAGGGAAAGAAAAAUCAUCAAAGGGAGGAUGGUAGUAAUCCAUACAAUGGGAGAAGCAGCAAGCAAGCAGCAGCUUCUGCUCAGGAAUCUGAGCCUCAAGAAAUGUUUGAAAAGGUGUUUCUCUGUCAGGGAGAGAAUCAUGAAUCUGAGUGUUGUUCUCCUCGUGAAUUUAUGAAAACUGAGGAAAGUGGGAAGUUACAGCCUAGGAGACAACCAAGAGGAUCAAAGAAGCAGAACAACAUAGUGGAUGUAUGCACAUUGUUAAAUCAAUGUGCACAAGCCGUGGCAAGCUAUGACCGGCACGCUGUGAAUGAACUACUCAAGCAAAUAAGGGAACAUUCUUGCCCCCAUGGUGAUGCAACCCAAAGGUUAGCUCAUUACUUUGCCAAUGGGUUAGAGGCACGCUUGCAUGGUGCCAUGACUCCAUCAUAUUCACCUGUUGCAAGUAUGCAGACAUCAGCUGCAGAUAUCUUAAGAGCUCACCGGUUAUAUGUGACAGCAUCCCCUUUAAAGAAGAUGUCAAACUUUGUUGCCAAUUCAACCAUCAUGGAAUUGGCAAAAGAUGCAACAAGUCUUCACAUUAUUGAUUUCGGCAUUUCUUAUGGUUUCCAAUGGCCCUGUCUUAUCCAACAUAUCUCAGAAAGACGCGGUGGACCUCCUAAGAUACAUAUGACAGCAAUUGAGCUUCCCCAACCAGGUUUCCGGCCUACAGAAAGGGUUGAAGAGACAGGGCGUCGUCUAGCAAGGUAUUGUGCAAGGUUCAAUGUCCCUUUUGAGUACAAUGUCAUUGCUCAGAAAUGGGAAACUAUCCGAGUUGAGGAUCUUAAUAUUAACAUAAAUGAGCUCAUCGUGGUGAAUUGUAUGCACCGGUUAAGGCACAUACCUGAUGAGACCGUGAUGUUGAGCAGUCCAAGAGACAGAGUACUAAACUUGAUCAAGAAAAUUAAUCCAGACCUUUUUGUUCAUGGUAUUAUUAAUGGGACAUACAGUCCACCCUUCUUUGUCACACGGUUCAAAGAGGCACUCUUUCAUUUCGGUGCACUGUUUGAUAUGUUUGAGGCCAUUAUUCCUCGUGAAGAUCAAUGGAGGCAGAUGUUCGAAAGAGAAAUAUACGGGAGGGACAUAAUGAAUGUUGUAGCGUGUGAGGGACUGGAAAGAGUUGAAAGGCCAGAGACAUACAGGCAAUGGAAUGUCAGGGCUCUCAGGGCCGGGUUCAGGCAGGUGCCAUUAGACCAGCAUUGCAUGACGAAAGUGAAGAGCAUGUCGAAGUUGACAGGUUAUCAUAAGGACUUUAGAAUUGAUGAAGAGGGCGAGUGGAUGCUGCAAGGAUGGAAAGGAAGAAUCAUUAUGGCUCUAUCGUUUUGGAAACCUGCUUAA